CAUCAGACAGCGCCCGCUCCCCCGAGCGAAGGGGCGCGUGCACGACGACGUACGGUACUUUCAAUUUUGGCGCUUGGGAAGGACUGUUACGUUUCGAACCCUGAGCAGCGAGUGCAAGUUUUUCUGGCAUGGAUUCUACACCUGAUCCCUCAGGGUCAAAAUCACCAAGAGGCUCCACCCAUUCAUCCAGAUCACCAGACUCUGCACCCAAAAAGAAGAGCACCAAGCCUAGCAGCAAAAAAUCUAACCUCAAAGAGGUUCGCAAGAAAGGCAGGAUGGAUCGAAGCCGAGGAGAAGAAGAAAUGAGUAAUCAACUGAAAAGCUUGGACCUGCAUGGUAAACCAAGGCCCACGGGGACAGGCCUGGUUUUCAGUGACAUCUUCACUCACCACCGCUGCCUCUGGGACAGCUGCCAUUCUGAGAAUCCGGAGCGAGUAGUAACUAUCCUGGAGAAGGUGAAACAAGAAGGGCUCUUCUCACGCUGUGUGGAGGUUGAGGCAAGGAGUGCUGUUGAGGAAGAUCUUCUGCUGGUGCACAAAAGAGAAUAUGUUGAAUUGAUGAAGUCCACACAGAACAUGACGGAAAGCAAGCUCAGGACUCUCUCUGAUACUUACGACUCUGUCUACCUGCACCCAGAAUCUUUCCUCUGUGCCACUAUGGCGGUUGGCUCCAUCCUGCAACUUGUCGACAAGGUGAUGUCGUCAGAGUUACAAAAUGGAUUUUGUGUUGUCAGACCUCCGGGUCACCAUGCACACGUUGACAUGGCGAAUGGUUACUGCUUGUUCAACAACCUGGCCAUUGCAGCACGUUAUGCACAGAAACAGUAUGGCCUUGAGCGGGUUCUGAUCGUGGACUGGGAUGUGCAUCACGGCCAGGGGAUCCAGUACAUCUUCCAGGAAGAUCCCAGUGUGCUGUACUUCUCAGUGCACAGAUAUGAGGAAGGCACAUUCUGGCCACAUCUGCCCGAGUCCGACAGCAGUGCGGUGGGCACAGGGGCAGGCAAGGGUUAUAACAUCAACCUACCUUGGAACAAGAUUAAAAUGGCAGAUGGGGAUUACAUUGCAGCCUUUCAGCAACUGCUGCUGCCUGUGGCAUAUGAGUUUGAGCCUCAGUUGGUGCUUGUAGCAGCUGGAUUUGAUUCUGUGGUGGGGGAUCCCAAAGGAGAGAUGUCUACCAGUCCGCAGUGUUUCGCUGUGCUGACCCACCUGUUACAGGGCCUGGCCCAGGGCAGGCUUGUGCUGGCCCUGGAGGGGGGAUACAACCUGGAGUCAACUGCUGAAGGAGUGUGUGCUUGCUUGCGGUCACUGCUUGGGGAUCCCUGCCCCCAACUUAAUGCACCAGUAACCCCCUGUGAGAGUGCACUGAAGUCCAUCUCCCAGACCAUCUCCUCACUUUAUCCCUUCUGGACCAGUCUGCAGAUACUGGAGGGUGGCCCUCUUCCCGGGGGUCACGCUACACCCACAGCCAUGCUGCAGAAGCCCCAUCAGUGUCCAUGGGAAAGUGCAUCACCGCUCACGGGACUGGUAUAUGAUGAGAGGAUGAUGGAGCACCACAACAUGUGGGACAGCCACCAUCCUGAGCUCCCACAGAGGAUUUCUCGCAUUUUCUCCCGUCAUGAAGACCUGGGCCUGGUCUGUCGUUGCCAUCGGAUACCAGCACGCCUUGCAACAGAAGAGGAGUUAGCAUUGUGCCAUAGCUUGGAGCACAUUGCCAAGAUAAAGUCAUCAGAGGAAAUGAAGCCCAGAGACUUACACAAGCUUGGGGGCGAGUACAACUCCAUCUACAUUAGCCCUGAGAGCUACAAAUGUGCCCUGUUGGCUGCUGGGUCAUGCUUUAACUCUGCCCAGGCCAUCCUGACUGGACAGGUGAAGAACGCCGUGGCGAUUGUGCGGCCACCAGGCCACCAUGCCGAAAGGGACAUUGCCUGUGGCUUCUGUUUAUUCAACAAUGCAGCACUGACUGCUCGCUAUGCCCAGAAACUUGCCAAGACACCCCUUAGGGUCCUCAUCCUUGACUGGGACGUCCACCACGGCAAUGGCAUCCAACACGUCUUUGAGGAGGACGAUAGUGUGCUUUAUAUUUCACUGCACCGCUAUGACAAUGGCCAGAUUUUUCCCUUCUCUGAAGACGCCAACUAUGACAGGGUGGGCCGGGGCAAGGGGCUCGGCUUCAACGUCAACAUUCCCUGGAGUGGCAGCAAGAUGGGUGACUCUGAGUACCUGGCUGCAUUCCAUAUGGUGGUGAUGCCCAUUGCUAGACAGUUUGACCCUGAGCUGGUGCUGGUGUCAGCAGGUUUUGACGCCGCACGGGGUGACCCCCUAGGAGGCUACAAGGUCACUCCAGAAGGCUACGCUCACAUGACACGCCUGCUAAUGAGUCUGGCCGGUGGGAGAGUUAUGCUCAUACUGGAGGGAGGAUACAAUCUGACUUCCAUCUCAGACUCCAUGUCAAUGUGUACCAGCAUGCUCCUAGGUGACACCCCUCCAUCGCUGUCUCAGCUGCUUCCCCCGCAUCCUGAAGCUGCCCUUAUCAUCAACCGUGUCUUACAUACACAUGCCCCCUAUUGGAGCGGCCUGAGAAUACAAAUUCCGGAGUACCUGCCUUCGUCUGUGCCAUCCCACAAACAGAAGAAUAAACGCCCUUCAGCUGGCAGAGGCAAGAACCCAAAACAGGCGACCCCAGCAGGAAGUCCUGCACAGCGAUCCCUGCCUGUGACCCCGGGGCCAGUGGCCGGGGGGAGCCCAGAAAAGGAUGAGGAGCUGGAGGGCAUUGCACAGGGACUGCGGUCUUUGGACCUUGACACCGUAUCCUCCAGCUCCAGUCCAACUUCAGUACCUGUAGGGGGGGGAAGGCGGAAGGUGAAGCCUAAACCACAGGACAGUCCAGCCCCCCAGGUUCACGUGACACCAGAGAAGAAAGAGAAUGAAGAUAACAGCCUCCAACAUGACAAGACAGGUGUAAUGCCAGUCAAAGAAUCAGCUUUAGAUACUGUUGCUACGGGAGACGUUCAGACUGGAGAACUGGGGGAGGCGUCUGGAUGGACAAAGUCAGUGGAACAUCAGACUGUCUUUGAGCUUUUCAGCAGAGGCCAGGAUAUAGAAGGGGGCACGCUGUAUGUUGUGGAUCCCUUACCCUGGUGCCCACACCUGGAGGUAGUCCGGCCUGUGCCCCCUGGGGGGAUAGACGUCUUCCUGCCCUGUGAGGACUGUGGGACAGAUACCGAGAACUGGAUCUGUCUAGUGUGCUAUAAGGUGUUCUGUGGCCGCUAUGUGAACCAGCACAUGGUUUCCCACGGCCAGGUCUUGGAACACCCUUUGGUCCUCAGCUUCUCAGAUCUCUCUGUGUGGUGCUACAGAUGCGAGUCUUAUGUCCACAACAAGGUGCUACAUGAAGCCAAAAAUGCAGCCCAUCAGAUGAAGUUUGGAGAAGAUAUUCCCUGUGUUCCCUAAGGAGAUGUAACAGAGAUCUUGGAGAGUUUCUGGAAUGUGGAGGAUGGAUUAACGGCUGAACAGGAUGAGGACUGCUGGAAAAUUCGAGAUGGAUUGUGGGAAAUUAGAGGGUAAUGGGUACUGGGAGAAAAUUAGAUUUUGCCCUAGUAACAGCCGGUUUGUUCACAUGCUUCCUGUCUUCUCUCCAUCCUUCCUCUCCAACAGUUUUCCUUACAAAAUGUACGCAGAUAUGCACAUAAAUACACAUAAGUGCACGCACCAGCACAGAAAGGUCAGCACACACAAAGACAGAAUAGUUUAAUGGUGAGAUUGCAGAAUGUGUUCUUGUUAUCGUAGUGUCAUAUACAGUUCGUUGAAGAUGUCAAUUGUUCUGGAAUAUCUCUGGUUUGGAGCUAAAAUUGAGGUUCUUUGAGAAAAGUGAGUCAGUGCCAAAAUAUUUUUUAGCUUAGUGUCGCUAAGCAAUCACAAUACUAGUAUUUUGAAUACCUCGGGUAGAACAAUAUAUUCAGCCCACAUUUAAGCAGCGGAAACCAAUCAGCAGAUAAACCUCAUGGCCGCGGCCACUGUUUUAUACCAGCAACAAAGAGCCAUUUUUACUGAACUGUCUAGUUUUGCAUGUUUAGUGCAUGUUGUUUGAAUGUCAGUGUUGCCUUGCUCACUUGCAGCAGGACAGGUUACAAAAUUUCCAGAAGUUCUUUUUAUUAUUUUGAAUACCAUUACAAAUACAUUUCUUCCAAGUUUAUUCUUUUACAUACAAUAUAUUCCUGUGUACAAUUUCAGGAAACUGGAGAAUUGUUAUUAAUCACAUGCAUAAAAUCAGCAAUAUGGUGCAAUAUCUUUUUUAAAAUGUUUUUGUGAAGGCAGUUUAUAAUUGCAUUGUUAUACUUUGUAUAAUCAGUAGAAGUGCUGCACAUAAUUGCACACAGGUUCUCUCAUUUUUUGCUAUAUGACUUUACUUUUAUAUUAUGCACUGUAAAGUGAGGUUUUUGCAGAACAUUUUUAUGUCCACAUUGUGUGUUUUGUCAUGUGCCUUUUGAGUGUAGAAUUUAGAAGAUGAGUACACCAAUACACAAAAUAUGGCCCCUAUUUUGAUGAUGGGAUGAUGGUGUUCUUGUAUCAGUGUCAAGGAUCUCCCAGCAGCCUGCGUGUGUCUGCCAAAGCUGUAUGGUCAAAGCUGAAAUGGAAAUUCAAGUGGAGAAGCAAGCUGAUGAAACGUGAUCAUUUCAGUGCAAGGUCACAGAAAGUACUGUAGACAAACUCCCAGUGGUUAGUGCUUACUGCAAAUCCAAAGAUAUCUUGUUCUGUAGACAAACUAAAAUCCAUGCAUUUUGAACAAAGUUUGUACACACCAUCAUCUGUAAAAUACCAGCAGUCAGAUUUGAAUUUAACAAAUGUUUAGAUGGAUGUUGAAGUAAAUUCUAGUUAAACCUAACAAAUAAUAUGCAAGCGGUAUAAUGAAGCUUUUUAAGGCUGUAUGAUACACAAGGAGGUAAGUACUUAGAGAAGCUACUGGAAAGACUAAUAAAGUUCUACACAGAGGUGUUUGAAAUAACUGUUCCGUAACUGUUGGAAAGGUCUGCAUCCAUAGAGUCCGGUGCUCAUCUCUUGGUGGAGCAACUUUGAAAGUAUCUACUGAAGUUGCCCAGUGCCCAAGGGGGUGUCAUUUUAGUAUGUCUUGUUGACCAGGUGAAACUACAUUUUUCAAGAAUAUUGAAGUUAAUUAUGAUAUCUACUUUUGUCUGGUUUUGCAGUGUCAGUUUAUUUUAUGUUAACAUGAAGCAACAAAAAGUAUACUUCAGAAAGACAAAAUAAAUAUCCUCCGAUUAAAAGUGCUGU